AAACAAAGAGAAGGGUCGAUUCGCACAAAUAAAAUAAAGUUGUAAAAAGACGACCCAAACAAAACGACUCAGCUUCUUCUUUCUUCUUCUUCAAAUCGGAUCCAAGAUAAACCUGGAUUGAUCCCAAUGUCGAUUUCUGUGCUCACCUAAUUUAGCUCCAAAUCUCUCGCACUCAGAUUCUUCAAAGCUUUUUUGGAAUAAAAAAAAAUGGUGUUGCCGUUGAUGAAACUGGGCACACUCGCCGUCAAAACCAUAAGUAAACCAUUGGCUAGUCAGCUCAAGCACCAAGCUAAGGUUCAUCCAAAGUUUCGUCAAUCUAUCAUCAACUUCGCUCAGAGAAAUCAUCGAAUCACGACGCAAAUGCAAAGACGGAUAUAUGGUCAUGCCACUGAUGUAGAGAUUCGUCCCUUAGAUGAGGAAAAGGCUGUUCAAGCUGCUGUUGACCUCAUUGGAGAGAUCUUUCUCUUUGGGGUCGGUGGAGCCGUUGUUGUUUUUGAGGUGCAGAGGAGUUCACGGUCUGAGGCAAGAAAAGAGGAAGCACGUAAGCAAGAACUAGAGGAUUUGAGAAUAAAAGAUGAAGAACUAGAAAAGCAAGUGGCGGAUCUCAAGAGCAAGCUAGAGGAGCUUGAACAACUUGCUAAGGCACGCGGGUUGAGCGGUAUUUUCCAGUUAAAACCACAGCCCGGUACUACGGCUAGUGGGAAACCAGACAAAUCCAGUUGAAUCAUCAUCACCAUCUUAUUCAAUCUACAAGACUCAAACCAAAGUUAACAAUUCGGUAAUGAUUCUUUUUCACAAGAGCUGAGGAGUUUCUGAUUCUCUCCUCCACAUUCAUGUAUCAUCAUCAAGAACUAUCUGCUUUUUAAUAAUCAAAUUAGGUGACAAAUCAAAACAGUUUUGAUGUUGAGGUUUUGUCUUUUCAACAUUAGUUGCUUAGAUUUGGUCUUUUGAGACCAAUGGCUCGAUUUUAGGUAAUGUUGGAUAAUGACGAAUUCAUUGUGAAAGCGACCUUGAGAGAUAUACCAAAAUAUUUCUUUCUUCACA